CAAUAUUCAAAUAAAGCGCCAAACGGAUAUAUUUUUCAAGAUUUUCGGUCAUGCGCGAGCUGCCCGGGUACCAAUACACGUUUCACUUGUAGGUGAUCGGCUACACACAUUCAUAAUCGCCGACUAUCAGUACUCGGAAAAUCACGGACACAGGGAAAGAAAAUCACGCACACUUCCACCCAAUCUCUGUUGUACACUGUGUAAGUAUGGGGGUUUCACGCACACUGGCACCGCGUCAACCCUGCGAUGCUGUGUACAUUAGUCUCAUUCUGGGUACCGUGUCGCAAGGACGUGUAUUUGAUCAUCAUUUUAUGACGUACGGGAGUGUAACGAUGUGAACUCGGUAUCAUAAGAGUUAACUCGAGUGUUAAGCCUUUCACACUUUUUUAUGGAUAGUGGAUGCUUCAAACUUUUUCAGUGUAUUUAUGUGGAGUGUUGAUACAGUUGUGUGAAAUUUUAAAGGAAAUGAAAUCGGCAUUCUUUGGAUAAAUUAGUAGAGAAUGCACCCAAAACGCGACAGGCACGGCAUCGAAGUGGGGCACAACAAAUGGAGAAUGAGUUGAGCCAUGGGUGCUAUGUGGCGGACGUUGGAAAUGCCGGGCUGGCGCGUCAGCUACAGGCUCGAGAUUGGGCUCGUUGUCAUAGUCAUCAUGGUGCUUGGAUUCUUCAAUGAAAGUCAAGGAACAGCGCACUACGGCGAGGACAGUGUGGGCUCGUUCCCGUACUUUGAGUACAAUGUGCCGCGCAACGUCACUACCGUGGUCGGGCAAACUGCUUUCUUGCACUGCAGGGUGGAGCAGCUUGGAGAUAAGGCGGUAUCAUGGAUAAGAAAAAGAGACCUCCAUAUACUUACAGCUGGGAUAUUAACUUACACAUCAGACCAGAGGUUUCAGGUGAUAAGACCGGACAAGUCCGAGAACUGGACGCUACAGAUCAAGUUUCCUCAGGAGCGGGACGCGGGCAUUUAUGAAUGCCAGGUCAACACGGAGCCCAAGAUGUCACUGGCUUUUCAGCUCAAUGUUGUAGAAGCCAAGGCUCACGUGCUGGGCCCGGCCGACCUGUACGUGAAGACGGGCAGCUCGCUCAAGCUGACCUGCGUCUUGAGCCAGGGUCCGCAUGACCUCGGCACCAUAUUUUGGUAUAAGGGAUCAAAAAUAAUAGAGUAUAAGGAAGUAGAAGCGAACGAAAUCAUAGAAGAGCCGCGAGUCCGGUUGAAGACAGAGUGGACAGAACAGCUGACGUCUCGGCUGACGAUUGAGAAGCUGUUACCAGGCGACAGCGGGAACUACAGCUGCGUGCCGACGAUGGCUGAGGCGGCUUCAGUUAAUGUCCAUGUCAUUAAUGGAGAACACCCAGCUGCAAUGCAACACGGGAACGCAAACACAGCAUCACCCUGUGCUCUGUCAGUAAACCUCCUCAUCUCACUGUACUGCACUCUGGCCACCCUGUACACCAACACAGUGGAGGGCUUCAGGUGAAAACUAGAACAGCUUAAACAAAUGUUUGAGCAAUUGUUUGAACAAUUUGUAAAUUUACUAAAUUUUACGGAUUGAAUUUUAUAUGUCAUGAUAGUUGUAAAAAAAUAAUUGUGUAAAUGUAAAGUAGAACUUUGUUGUAUAAAGCUUUAUAAUAUGAAUUGGUACAUAUGUUCUCUGACUUACAAUAUCUCACCUAAUAUCAGUGUAUGUACAAUAAUAAUUGUUUCAUAAUUUUAUUUAACAAACUUUCCAAGGUUGACGAGUUUUAUGUUAUUUUGAUAUUUUUAUGCAUUUAAGCUUGUAAAAGAUGUUAAAAAAGUAAAUAAAUAAUAAUGACAGGAGUACCUACCUACAUAAAACAGUAGUUACCUACUUUAGCAUUCAUAAAAAUUGCUUAGGUGAUCAUUCAACCGUUUCAUGUGAAGAACGACAGUUUGUCCAGUUAAACUAUCAGUACUAUCACAAAGUUGUUUUGAUACCUACGUGCGUGCAGCACUGCAUGGGCUAUCAAAAUGGUUGCAGACUUUUCUUGGUCUAACUCUAUUAAUCUUUGUUACCUAUGUUAUAAAGUUUAAAAUGGUUUGACAUCGUAACGGCAUUUAAUCAUUUUGAGCUCUUUGUAAACAUUUGUAAACAAAGUAGGGUAUCAAGUAAUGUACUGAUGUUUUUUUUCACAUUAUACAUAUACCGAUAUGGUAUACUGAAAAAAGAGAGAUUUACUUAAAUAGUGUUUAGAGACAUACCGAGUACGCAAUCGUAGGUAAUGGAUAAUGGUUUUAAAAGGGUGUAAAGUCUUCAAUGAUUUAUUUAGUACAAAUGUAAUUGUUGAUGUAAGUACGUAUUUUAUUUAGUUACACUAAUUUAAUUACGCUACGCCUGUUGCCUCUUUUGUAUGCUCAUCUUAGGGUAACAUUCCAUUUCCAACGACAGCUGCACUACUGUCAAUUUUACUAUGGAAAUUGACAAUGACAGCGACGCGUUCAGUACCGGUAGUGCAGCUGCGGUUAGAAAUGGAAUGUUACCAUUAUCAUCUAUUUCCGAGCACACUGUUUUUAUUAAUGAUAAUAAUGAUUGCAUUACACCUGAAUUGUUGUAAACCGUUUUGAAUUACUAUAUAUCAUUACACACUUCACUUUUUACUACUAAAAAAGUAGACACAGUUCUUCACUUAUCGACACUACUAGCGGCAAUAAACACGACUUAAGUACUUUAAAUAAAAUUAAUAUGGAUAUCUCACGCACGAAAGUUGACAAGCACAUUUGGAAAAUACUGUAAGAUAUGAAAAUCAGUACUAUUACAGUUAAAUCAAGAAAAGACUGCAGCGAUUUUGAUAGCCCACGCAGUGCAAGUGUAAUUUUAAACGUCAAACUUCUAUAAAAUUAUGACGUAUAAAUAAGAAUUUAUGACGUAUAAAUAACACUGGCACUGCAUGGGCUAUCAAAAUGGUUUCAGACUUUUCUUGGUCUAACUCUACUAAUCUUUGUUAUGUUAUAAAGUUUAAAAUGGUUUGACAUCGUAAUGGCAUUUAAUCGUUUUGAGCUCUUUGUAAACAUUUGUAAACAAAGUAGGGUAUCAAGUAAUGUAUUUUAAAAGGCCUUCUUAACAAAAUGUAAAUAGACUUAAUUUGUUUAACGGUUAGCUAAAUUUUUUAAUGUUUCAUGUUUUGAGCGUUAGAAGAAAUAAUAUGUAAAAAUAUAGUAGGUAUAGUAAAAUAUGUUUUUGUUUCUUGAUGUCCUCGUCAAGUCUCGCCUUCUGAACUUAUUUUACAGCCUUGAAAAAUACAGUUAUGUUAUACAUAUUACCUACAUAUCUAAAUUCCAAUCGAUGUUUAAACGAAGGUAUUUUCCAACUGCAAUAGUACUUUAAGAGUAGGCACAUCAUAAUUACUUCAUUAAAUCAACUCGCGUUUCUCAUAAACGCUGGAUGAGAAACAUCUUUUAUUUAUAACGCUCAGAAAAAAAACUUUGUAGUUUCUUUAUAUUUAUUAUCUCAACCUUCAAAAUGGUAUCUUUCUACCAUCUGCUUUGAAGCAGGAACCGAAUACCUGUAUAUUUUCGUAAAUAUUUUCACUUAAAUCAGCUAAUCUGAUCAAUCAGUAUCCUUACCUAAAUACUAUUCUAUAAUAUCAAAGAAAUAUUGUGAAGGCUAUGAGAUAUUUAGAUUUUUAGUUAUGCCGGUAACGGUCUCUGCUUGAAGUCCGUAGAUAUUUAUAUAAAACAAAAUUUCGAUGUAAAUCAAAAACCUCUUAGUUGCGAAACAAAACUGUACCCCAAGUUUGUUUCUUAGAUACUUCAAAAAUAUGCUUUAAUAGUAUAUUAUGUAAGAGCCAUUAUGUUUUAAAUUUGAAGGGUAAAAACGAAAAAUGGCUGAGAUCAUUAUAUACCUAUAAAGUACCUUGAUGAUUUGAAAACCUAGUCAUGUGACUUUGCACACAAUACUUUAUCUUAGACAGCAGAAUAACUUUUUUUUUAGCUUAUGUGUAGGUACAGAAUAAGUUAUUUUAAUAAAAAAUGGUAGCAAUACGGAGAGCUUUUUAAAUCUAGUUCCAGAUUUAAUAGUGAAUUCCAUUAUCAAAUGAUGCUGAUGUAUCACGGUGUACGUUUGAAUAUUCAUUGAGAAUUAUUUUAUUGAAAGUUUAGACUGCUGCUAACUUUUAGUUUAUAUAUUUUAGUAAAAUGUUUUAGGUCAAAAGGUAGCAUGCAAAUAUUUGUACAUGUAUGUAAAUAAUACUCUGUAAAUAGUUAUUUGAAAUACACGUUUUACGGAUCAAUUAAAAACCUAAACUUUGUGUUUUACAUUUAUGUUAUAUCUGUAGAGUUUAUAAAUAUUAAUAACUAUUGGGUUUUGAGAGUUAUGAAAAUAGAAACAGAUGAAAAUGUUUAUAUAACAAUAGAGCUAAGAGGAAAUUU